AUGUCUCUUUGCUUCACCAUGUCUUGCCUACAGCGAUUCUCCUCUUUAUCUGCCUGCUUACAUCUCUUGUCUGAUCUUUUCAGCUUUCAGUACAACUUCUUCUCAUGUCGCAUUCUUUAUUUUUUUAAUUUUUUCUUUCAGCUUCUUUUCCUUCACCUCAUCAGAGUUUUUUUCUUCCACUUUCAUUCUUUCUUUUUUCUAUUUUUUCUUUCAGAUUCUUCUCCUUCACCUUAUCAGUAUUUUUUAUUUUUAUUUCAUUCUUCUAUUUCUUCUUUCAGUGUCUUUUCCUUCACCUCAUCAAAUAUUUUUCUUCCUCUGUCAUUUUUCAUUUUCCUGUUUUUCUCUUCUUUUCCUUCACUUCAUCAUUUUUUUUCUGCUUUCAAUCUUUCUUUUUUCUAUUUUUUCAUUCAGCUUCUUUUCCUUCACCUCAUCAAAUAUUUUUCUUCCUCUUUCAUUCUUUUUUUUAUUUUUUCAUUCUUUCAUAUUUCUAUUUUUUUUACUUCUUUUCUUUCACUUUAUUUUUUUCCGCUUUCAAUCUUUCUUUUCUUUUUCUAUUUUUUCUUUCAGCUUCUUUUCCUUCACUUCAUCAAAAUUUUUCUUCCUCUUUCAUUCUUUUCUUUUUCUAUUUUUUCUUUCAGUUUCUUUUCCUUCACCUCAUCAAAAUUUUUCUUCCUCUUUCAUUCUUUUUUUUUCUAUUUUUUCUGUCAGUGUCUUUUCCUUCACCAUAUCAAUUUUUUUUAUUCCUCCUUCUUUCUUUCUUUUUUCUAUUUUUUGUUUUUUCUUCUUUACCUUCAAUUUAUCAAUUUUUUCCCUUUCAAUCUUUCUUUUCUCUUUCUUUUUUCUUUCAUCUUUUUUUCAUUCACCUCAUCAAAUUUUUUUUAUUCCUUUGUCAUUUUUUCUUUUUUUUACUUUUUCUUUCAGUUUCUUUUCCUUCACUUCAUCAAAAUUUUUCUUCCUCUUUCAUUCUUUCUUUUUUCUAUUUUUUCUUUCAGUGUCUUUUCCUUCACAUCAUCAAAUUUUUUAUUCCAUUCAUACUUUUUUAUUCUUUCUUUUUCUAUUUUUCAUUCAGCUUCUUUACCUACAACUCAUUUUUUUUUAUUCCACUUUAAUUCUUUUUUUUCAUUUUUUCUUUCUUUUUUCUAUUUUUUCUUUUCCUUCACCUCAUCAAUUUUUUCCUCUUUCAAUUUUUCUUUUUUUCUUUCUAUUUUUUCUUUCACUUCACCUCAUCAAUUUUUUCUUCCUCUUUCAUUCUUUCUUUUUUCUAUUUUUUCUUACAGCUUUCUUCACCACAUCAAAUUUUUCUUUUCAUUUUUUAUCAUUUUGCUUCUUUUCCUUCACCUCAUCAAUUUUUUUUUUUAUUCCACUUUAAUUCUUUCUUUUCUUUUUUCUACUUUUUCUUUUUGCUGA